AUGACGCAAUUAGAAACCCACUCCCUAAAGAUCGCCAUCAUAGGCAGCGGCCUCGCCGGCUGCCUGGCGGCCCGCAUCCUCCGCGAACAACACACCGUCACGAUCUACGAGCGCGAGGCGACACGCAUAGAAACCGCCGCUGCGAUCAACCUCGGUCCCAACGCGGUGCAAAUUCUCGACGGCGUGGGAUUUGAUCGUGGUCGCGCGUGUUCUAUUCCUGUUACUCGGUCUCUGUCGUACAACAAGCGGGGGGAGAAGACCGGAGAAUCCGUGGUGGAUUACAAGAAGGAAUAUGGAGCGGACUGGCUGUUUCAUCAUCGGGCGGAUCUUCGAGAUGAGCUUUUGAGGUUGGCGACGGCGCCGUCGGAGGAGCUGGGGUUGAAGGGUCGGCCGGCGGAAGUGGUGUAUGGGGCGAGGGUUGUGGGGGGGAUGUUGAAGAGGGGACCUGCCGGAACGUCUGCCUUCAGGUUUACGAUGACCCGCGAAAAGGUUGUAGAAAUUCUCGGAGGGGUCCCCGAGGUCCUGGAUUCCAGCAAGCCUGCUUGUAUGACCGGGGUAUAUGCGUUGGAUCCGACCGAGCGCAGAGUGGUGAUAUAUCCCUGUCGUAACUACCAGAUCCUGAACUUUGCUAUCAUUGUACCCGACAGUAUGUUGAAAUCGACACCGACAGACUCGUGGUCGGCACCAGGGGAUAGAGACGAACUCGUGUCGUUAUUCACUGAUUUCCCGGACUGGGUGCUGGCCUACUUCAGAGCAGCAGAAAAUAUCAAACUCUGGCAGCUCCGCGAGCAAGACCCGUUACCGACAUAUAUUCGCGGCAGAACGGUCUUGGUAGGCGACGCUGCACACGCCAUGACCCCACACCAAGGGCAGGGAGGAAGCCAAGCCAUUGAGGAUGCAGAGGGAUUCCGCCUCCUUUUAGGGGAACAUGUCACCAGGCACAAUGUAUCUUCGAUUCUCGAGGACUUCGAUCGCGUCAGGAGACCCCGUGCGUCGCAGAUCCAACGGAACACUUCUGAAGCAACGGGAAGGUACUCGGCGAAAGAGGUUUGGCGGUUCCGCAGAUUGAAUUGGACAUAUCCGGGGAUCUUGGAGGGCUUAGAAGAAUAA